UAAAAACACCUCGCCGGAAUUUCCUCCCCCGUCGGAAAACCGCGCCCUUUCACCUCUUUGGCGAUUUUCCGAUCAUUUUUGGUCGAUUUUUCACCAACCAACUCCACACCCACCCUUCCCUCCUCAUUUUCGGCCAAUCCCUCGAUUUUUAGGCGAUUUGAACCGUUUUUUAGUCGCCGGAGGCAAUUUCCGGCGAGACUCCGGCGAGGCUCCGACGAGCAUUUUCGGGUCGUUUUUCGGGUUUCCACUGCCUUCCCCUGCCUUCUCCUCAUCAUCCCCUACACCUCUACUUGUGUCUUCAGGUUUGAUUUUGCCCUUUACCUUGUGAAUUGUGGAGAAUUGUGUGUUAGGGUGUAUGUUUAGAUAAUCCCUUUGAAAUGUGUGAAUUGUGUGCAAUUGAUUGAGGGGAAGGCUUGGUUUAUGUGUGGAUUAUGUUGGGCAAUGUUGCUUAUGCUUGAUUGACCCCUUGUGUGCUAUGAAUUUGUCCAUUCUAUGCUUAACUUAAAAGUGCACACAAGGUGUUCGAUGAAAUGCCAGUUUUUCAUACCAUUUUGUGGGAGCCGGUUGGGGCCCUUAAUGAUGUGCUUUGAUGGUGUAUUUGCUAUGGAUGUGAACCUUAAGUUGCCAACUUUAUUGUGGAUGUGCACCCCCCACCCAGAUUGUGCUUGUUUGCUCGAGUUAUUGACCCCCGAACUAUUGAUGAAACUAUGGUUCGGUUGUUUUCUGCUACCAAGUGUGGGGGUGUGAUUAACCUUUUCUAUGGCUCUUUUGUCUCCACUUUGGAUUGUUCUCUUGCAGGACCAUGUCGAAACCCAACCUCAAGCACCCGUUCAUCCAGGAUUUGAAGUGGGGCCCUCACCAAGAUCGCUUUAAGCUCGUCCUGGCCUCUUCGUUUGGGAAGCAUCACUACUGGUCCAGGAGGGAGUUUGAGAAGCUGCAUUUCUACGACCACUUCCUCGCCAUUGCCACCAACCGCCCAUGGCGCCGUCUGCUGUCCAUUCGAGAGAAGGUCUACCACGAGCUGGUGCUCGAGUUCUAUACGACCUUCAACCACAAAGAUACAACAGACUGGGCGGACGGUGAAGCUGUCAAGUUCAGGCUCGGCGGUGAGCCCCGCUCCAUGAGCUACCACGAUUUGGCGAUCGCUCUCGACCUCGGCCUGGAUGAUGACAUGGACUACGUCACCGAGCUCAACAAUCCAAAGGGUGUUAAUUUCAAGGUGCUGUACACCCGCCUAGCUCAGCCUGCCCAGCGUCCCUUCCUUGCGGGGCGGACGAAGGCCAGCACCCUGCAGCUCGAUAACCGCAUUCUCCACGACAUGCUGGCGAAGUCCUACACUCCACCUGGGGACAGUUCCAGCACCCUAACCAGGCGGUCCAUGUACUUCAUCCAGUCCAUCCGCACGGCGAACCAUCCUCUCCACCUGGGUUCUGUGGUGGCCAGGACUCUGGACAAGAGUGCUACACAACUGGUGACCCUCUACUGCACCCCCCUCAUUACCCGCCUGGCCACCUACUUCCAGAUCCCACUACAGGGUUGCACAGAGCAGGGGGGCACUAGUGUCUUCGGCGAAGAAACGAUCCAGCAUAUGCACCUGCUGCGAGUCGAGCGCGGCAUCAAGUGGAUCGAGGGAUUUCCUGUUGCCCCCCGCCCGACCACCUUCGAGUACGGGGGUAGCAGUUCCACUUUUCCAUCCCAAGACUACUUCACUCACCAGUUCCAGCAGCUGAGCCUCCAGAAUCAGCAACUCCUCGACCAUCAUCUCCAGUUCCAGCAGCAGUACUUGGCUCACCAGGCCGAGUAUAAUACCCGGAUGGCUGCAUAUACUGAGCGCCUCGACCGUAUGGAGGCUCAGCAGGGGGUGAUCCUUACUCACAUCGAGAGGGAGAGGGCUCGGUCUCGGCGUAUGCAGGAGGUCCAGCAACACCUGCUCCAGCUGAUACCAGGCGAGCAGCCAGUCUGGACAACUCCCUGGGAGGACUCUCCCCUUCCACCCCCGCCCGCCGGUGAUGAUGCCUUCAUGGACGACAUCGACUUUGACAACCUUAGCGACGAGUAGUCUGUACUCGUCGCCCCUCUGAGUGUGUUUUUGUUUAAGACUUUUCGUGUUUGCUCCAUGUGUGUGCGGAGCUUGAACUGCGUCUGUCGUUUGUUUUUGUUUUUUUUCUUUCUUUUAUGGAUUGUCUAUUUUGUGGCCAUCUGGGCUAACUCUGAUACCUAACGCACAGUGUGCUAGUGUGUUCUUUAUGUUCCCUUCGUGCAGAACUGUUCCGUCGUUCCAUAUGUUUCCCGCCGACUGGUCCCCUUUCCAGUCCUUUUCACUCAGACUGGUCCCCUUCCAGUCUCAUGCGUCCGUGCACACCGGUAACAUCGUUCCUCUUAUCCUUCCCUCUUCUCCAUUGAGGGCAAUGUCGAAAUUAAGUGGGGGGGGGGAUGUUUCUCUUUUGACUGCAUUAGAUCUGUUUGUGUGCUUAGAGCCUAGUCCAUUGUCCAAAUUUCGAUUUGAGGGCUCCAAGUACGUGUCUCCUUGCAAAUUGCCUGCUCAGUAUGCUUUGAAUUGACAGUUUCUAUAGUAAUAUGCAACCUAGGGAGGUAGUGUAGCACUAUGGAGUAUGUUGAAGUAUAAGAUUUUUCCUAUCUAGCUCUCUAUUGUGUCAGUUGAUUUUGUGAAUUAGUGGAGCUAAGACCGUUGAAUUCAUGUGGUAAUGGAGACUCUGUUUAGAUUGUGUUAUGGACUCGCGUAUCGAACAGGGUGCUCAUAUGGGAAAUGAAAAGCAGUUGGUCCUCCAUGUAGAAAUCAUUGAAAUCUUAAACAUGGGGUAGGCCCAACGUGUGUGGCAUCGUUCAUUGCACAAAAAUCGGGUUUUGGAAGAGAUUUUAGUGAUCCUUAGUGGGGUACUCCUACAAGAUGAAGCUAAACUAUCUCUAGUACAAGUAAAAUUUUCACCCGUUGAACGGUUUGCCUACUUGAGGAUGUGUUUUUAAGGGCACGGAUAGAGCUUCCGACCCCCCCUUAAUUUCAUUGACCCUCCACACGAGUUGAUGAAAAUGAGUAAAAAGAAAUACUUUGGCGAGUGCCAGAUGUACAGAAAUUGAUCUUGCUCGACUAAUAAGGGUCGGCCGUGCAAAAGACUGCAGUUGUAACCCCCGCCAAAUGAAAAAAAAAAGAGAGAAAGAAAUGUAAAUGAAAGUGAAAAAAGGGG